UGAUGACGUCAGUGCCUCCCCAGUGCUGUCAGUGUGGUCAUGUGUGGCAGGUGACGGUGUGCUCUGGGCAUGGAGGGGAAGGAAGAGCUCGGCGGGGAGGCUGCCCUACUGAAACAGCAAAGAAAAGAGAAGAAGGACCUGCAGGCAAAAAUCCAGUGCAUGAAAAACUCUGUACCUAAAAAUGACAAAAAACGAAGGAAGCAGUUGACGGAAGAUAUUGCUAAGCUGGAGUCUGAAAUGGAUGAGAGACACAAACAAGAACUAGAAGCACUGGCUAAAAAUGAACCUGAACAAGCACCAGUGGACAAUGUUGUUAAUGGUGUCUCAAAUUUAGACCUGGAUUCAGGGCCCCUUCUUGUACAGCAACCACGUGUGUCAAAGGCCCAGAAGAGGAGGGAAAAAAAGGCUGCCUUAGAAAAAGAAAGGGAUGAACGCAUAGCAGAGGCAGAAAUAGAGAAUUUAUCUGGAGCCAGGCACCUUGAAAAUCAAACCCUUACCCACAGCUUGGCAGAAAGACAGCUGCAGAUUAAACAGAUCCCAUCUGAUGGUCACUGCAUGUACAGAGCUAUUGAACACCAGCUGAAGGAGCAAGAUAAUGGUCUGACACUUUCAAAUCUCAGAAGCCAAACUGCAGAUUAUAUGAGAAACCAUGCUGAUGAUUUCCUUCCUUUCCUUACAAAUUCCAGUACAAACGAAAUGUUCUCAGAGGAAGAGUUUGAGAAAUACUGCAACGAGAUUGCAAGCACACCAGCAUGGGGUGGACAGUUAGAGCUCCGAGCACUGUCACAUGUCCUGAAAACCCCUAUAGAAGUCAUCCAGGCCGGGUCCCCUCCAAUUGUCAUUGGGGAGGAGUAUUCAAGCAAACAAAUAACACUAGUAUAUAUGCGCCAUGCUUAUGGAUUGGGAGAACAUUAUAAUUCGGUUGAACCACUAAUGGUCACAUCUUCAGAUGAUGGCUAAUUUUAAGAGCUCAGUUUCUGAACGGACACUCUGAUCAAGCCAAAUUAAGGAUUCAUUCAAGGAAGGGAUUGUGCCCAUCCUUUCAUGUUUUUUGAUAUUAUGAUCAUGACUCUGAGGAGGUCAAGAUGCAAACAUGUCCAUGUUUAAAGGGAAUAAUGUUCAUGCUUAUAUUAAGUACAUGUUAAAUGUGCAGUCAAAUAUAAAUGCGUUGUCUUUUUUUUAAACUUAUUUUUAAAGUCAUGAAACUGUAGAUUUAUGUAAUUCGUUCCUCUAAAAGUAUGUGUUAAUCAUAAAAGGAGAACAUGAGUGUACUGCUCACUUUUAAAGCGGCACUGUCAUCGUCUGGGGACUUUGCAGAAUUCGCAAAGACCUCGAUAGUGACAUUGCUUCGAGGGGGACAGAUAAAGGUUGAGUUCUACUUAUCUGAACCUGUCCAUCGCAGGCAUCGCCAUCUUCCCCUGGCAGGUCCUCUUCAGUUAAGUGCCAGGAGCCAAUGUCACUGCUGAACUCUUGUGCAUGCACAAGAGUACAGCAAUGAGGUCUCGCAGGAUCCUCCCUAGAUUGAGCCUAAUCCCUGUAGCCAUCACAUUUGACGGCUAGUGGGAUUGACACUUCUACACAGUGGUAGCUCCCCCCAGUGUCUAGAGGUGUCCAGUGGAGGAAAUAUACAUUGUUCCUACUUUGUCUCACUAUAUCUCUUGACUUGGUUGGAAUUUCAGUGGAAUGUUAACACAAUCAUAAUUAGUUAUAAAGAUUCUAUCUUUAUGAAAUACAUAUUUUUAAUACUUCUAUUUCGGGGAUGGGGUGACCAUACAACUUUUUUAUUCUAGAAUCACUGAAGGACAGUUUGCCACUAUUCAAGAGAUUUGUUUGGGGUGAUGGUAUCUAGAAAUACAGUCUGAAAUAUGAGAAUUACAUUGCUAUUAAAAUAAGUAUGCUUAAUAGUUUGUUAAAGUGGAAGUAGAACGUUAACAUUUUAAUUUACAUUUUGUUCCCCAUGAAAAGGUUUUACUUUCUUCUCUUUAAAUUGACUCAUUCAAGUUCCUUACGGUAUUGUCCUAGUUAUACUUGCUUUGCUGGGCAUACACGUUCCCUUAAAGGGAAACUCCAGUGCCAGGAAAAUGAUCAGUUUUCCUGGCACUGGAUGGUCCCUCUCCCUCCCACCCACCAAUCCACAGUUACUGAGGGGGUGAAAACCGCUUCAGUGACUUACAUGAGGC